AACAGCCCAGCCAGGCGGUGAUCGCCGCGGAGGGUGAAGGAGGCGGCGGCGGCGGCGGCCGCGCAGAGGCAGAGGCGGAGCAGGGCGAGCGGCGGCAUGGCGAGGCGGCCCCGCACCGCGCGGGCGGCUCUUAACGGAGCGGUGGCAGCGGGCGGGGCCCCGCGCCGGGCGGGGCGGGGCGGUGCCGGCCGAGGGGCGGCCCUGGGAGGCGGAGGAGGCUCGGCGGUCAUGCCCGCACGGCGCGGCCGCCCCCGCCGGGCUGCGGCCCGUGCUCUGGCCCGCGCGAGCCGGGCAGAGGCGGCCUGGCGGGAGUUCGCCGCUUCCUUCACUCGCACCGGGAUGGUGCCGCCGGCUGAGCCCGGGCUGGUGGCCGUGGAGGCGGCGGAGGGUACGGCCGUGCUGCUGCUGGCGCCGCGGCAGGCGCUGACUUUCACAGGCAAGUGCCGCCUGCGCUGCCUCUACGGUGCCGUCCGCCUCCUGGGCUUCGCCGUGGCUUCGCACCACCCGGGACUGCCGGUCUUCUCGCCGGCCACGCACUGCGCGCUCAGCCUGGAGGCGCUGCCCGGCGCCCGCCCGCCCGCCGCCACCCUCCGCCAGCUGCGCGCCGCCGCCCGCGCCGCCAUGCGCUCGCACCGCGUCCGCCGCCAGGCGCGGGUGAAGCUGAUGGCGCGGUUCUCGCCCGACUGCGCCGUGGUGCUGCUGGAGCACCUGGACACGCCGGUGACGCGGUUCCUGCUGAGCCACCCACCGCUGUCGCGGCUUUUCGAGCCCCAGAAAAAGGAGGAGUCCAGCUUCACGCCAGAGGACGCGGUCCUGGCGUCUGUGGGCAUCGUGAAGUGCAGCUCCGACCGCGGGCUGCUGGUGUCGGAGAGCAUGUGCCUGGCGCUGGAGGAGCUGAUCCAGGCCUGCUGUGCGGAAGAUGAAGGUGUCCCUUUGGUGCUGGUGUGUGGCCCAAAAAACACUGGGAAAUCGACAUUCAACAGAUACCUAAUUAACCUGUUACUGAACCGCCUUCCUGUAGUCGAGUACAUGGAAUGUGACAUCGGCCAGACGGAAUUCACGCCGCCCGGGUGCGUGUCCCUGAGCAGCAUCACAGAGCCUGUGCUGGGUCCCCCCUUCACUCACCAGCAGAUGCCCCGUAAGAUGGUGUAUUACGGCCAGACCAGCUGCGAGCAGGACACAGAGAGGUACCUUGAUGUUGUGAAGUAUGUGUUCAGCUGCUACAAGAAGGAAGUGCCUCUAGUCAUCAACACCAUGGGCUGGGUGAAAGGUGAAGGACUGCUGCUCCUCAUUGAUAUCAUCCGGCUGUUGGCACCCAGCCACAUUGUUCAGAUGGAUGUGUGUGACUGGAAGGCCAUGCCCCCGCUGACCCCUGAGCAUGUCCACUUUAGUGCCGGGCUGCACACCAAGGGCAAGCAGCAAUCCAAGUGCAAGCAGCUGGGAGUGGGCAGCACGGAGAGCUGGAAGUACUCCGAAGGGGAGGACAUGUCAGCUCCGCAGCACAAGCUGCUGUAUGUCCACCCGGAAUUCCCUCGGGCAGGGGUGGCAGGUGAAGCGCGAGUGCACAGCGGCAUCCUGCGCGACAUGUCCAUCCUGGGAUAUCUGGGGCACCUGCAGAGCCCUGACAUCGGGGCGGUGCUCCCGCUGCACAGCCUGGUGCCGUAUCAGGUACCUUUCAAUGCUGUCGCACUCAGGGUUAUUCACACGGAUGUUGCUCCCAGCAACAUCAUGUACGCAGUGAACGCCAGCUGGGUCGGGCUCUGCUGCAUUCCGGAGGAAGUCCGGUGCCAGACCGACGGGCCAGUCCUGCUGACACAGACACCGGUCUGCGACUGCCUGGGCUUCGGAAUUGUCCGAGGGGUUGAUAUGGAAAAGAAGCUUUACCACAUCCUGACACCAGUGCCUCCAGAGAAUCUGAGACUAGUGAAUUGUCUGCUGCUUGGGAACAUUGCUAUCCCUAACUGUGUGCUUGUGGGCCAGCAAGGAAUUGAGGGAGAGAUCCCCUAUGUCACAUCCGAUUACAACUACAGCAUCAUGGGCUCAGGGAAACUGAGGAAGAAGAAGCAGCAUUUGAAGAGGAGGGAGUUCCCCUUUGAGUGUGAUUACACUUGAAGGCUCGGGGUACUCAGCCAGGGGUUGUUCAUGUGGGACCUCAUGUUGCAGGAGCCCUGGGUGCUGCAGAGGCCCUGGGCACAUAGAUGCUACAGUGGGGCCGUGUUUUGAUAAUGUUUUGUAUGUUCAGUUUGUAUUUUUGGUGUUUUGUAAUAAAUAUCUAUGAUAAACAUUG